AUGGCUACUAUUACUGCUACUCGCUCUUUCGACUACUUGGUGCUUGGUGCUGGCUCGGGUGGUAUUGCUUCUGCCAGGCGUGCUGCUUCCUAUGGUGCUAAAGUUGCCAUUGUUGAAAAUGGCAGAUAUGGUGGAACUUGUGUCAAUGUUGGUUGUGUACCCAAAAAGGUCAUGUGGAAUGCUGCCGAUGUGGCCGAGACUCUUCAUAACGCUUCUUGCUAUGGAUUUGAUGUCUCGUCCAACGCUCCUUUUUCAUGGUCUACCUUUAAACAAAAGCGAGAUGAAUAUGUCAAGCGUCUUAAUGGAAUUUAUACCAGCAAUCUCGAAAAAAGUGGAAUUGACAUGAUCAAUGGUACUGCAAGCUUUGUAGAUAGCCACAAUGUUAGCGUAAAUGGGGAGAUUAUCCAUGGAAAACAUAUUCUGAUUGCUACGGGCAGUCGCGCUUGGAUUCCGUCAUUUGAAGGGGCUCAAGAGCACGGUAUGACUAGCGAUGGUUUUUUUGAACUCGACUUUUUACCAAAAAAAGUUGCAAUUGUUGGCGCAGGUUAUAUUGCUGUUGAGCUGGCAGGAAUUUUUCAGACUCUCGGUGCCCAAGUAUCUCUAUACAUUCGUCAAAACGAGUUUCUUCGUUCAUUCGAUAAAAUUAUUCAGGAGGGAGUCAUGGACCAGUACAAGAAAAUAGGAGUCAAUAUUGUUCCUACCUCUGCUGUGACCAAAGUUGAGAAUCUUGCUACACCAGGAGAAAAACACAAAAACCUUAAGCUGACCGUCAUAAAUAAGGAUACGCUGGAUACUACUAUACAUGAGGGUGCGCAAGCACUGAUCUGGGCAGUAGGACGGAAUGCCAAUGUCGAAAGUCUUAAUUUAGCUACCAGCAUCCCUCAAAUUAAGCUCAACGACAAGGGAUUCAUUGUUGUCGAUGAGUUCCAGAAUACAGAUGCAGAGGGUGUUUACGCUCUUGGGGAUGUGUGUGGAAAGGAGAUGCUUACGCCUGUGGCAAUUGCUGCUGGUAGAAAGUUAUCUGAUCGUCUUUUUGGUGGAAAGCCAGAAUCUAAAUUGGACUAUACAAAUAUUCCUUCAAUUAUUUUUUCGCACCCUACAAGUGGAUCUAUUGGCUUAACUGAAGUUGCAGCCGUGGCCAAGUAUGGCGCUGAAAAGAUCAAAGUAUAUCAGUCCAAGUUUACCAACAUGUAUUACUCGGUGCUGGUUCAAAAACAAGCCACACAUUACAAAUUAGUCUGCCUUUUGCCUACUGAGCAGAUUGUUGGCAUGCAUCUGUUUGGUCGUGGAUCUGAUGAAAUGCUGCAAGGAUUUGCUGUGGCGGUGAAGAUGGGUGCUACCAAGUCUGAUUUUGACAAUACUGUUGCAAUUCAUCCAACGGCUUCCGAAGAGCUUGUAACUAUGCGUUAAACUGUAGCCUAGAUUGUUGUAACUGGCUAUUUCAAAUUGAAUACUUGGUGUAUUUUUUUAUAGGAAAAAAGGGAUAUUCAACCAAGACAAUCACUGCAAGAUGGAUACAAGUUUCAUUUUACAUGAAUACAGUUAUAAAAUCUUGAUCCAACAUAAUUACAACUCC